AUGCACAGAUUCAACCUUAACACCAUUCUUGACUCCUUACAGCUUUCAGGUGGUCAACGAUUCGAUUGGACUAUGGAAGACGCGUAUCAGUUGGUUAGAAGAAAGGACAACAUCACUACUCUCGUUUCACUUGUCUUUCAUCAAAUCUGGAAAUUCUAUUGUAAAUCCUAUUUUGGCGGUACUCCUCUCCACGAUAACAACCUACUAUCUAAUGAAUCUAUCAUUAAUGAAUAUAUACAGCACUUAUCAGUAAUGAAAUUAAUUAUAAAUAACAGUAUCAUGGUUCUUGACUCUCUUAGUGAUGAGCACGAUCUGGUCGAUCUAGGUCAGACUGUCGACAUUCCCACGUACCGUUCGCCAAUUACCGGAAUCGCUAGACGUAUUGAUAGAGCUUAUGCUAAAAGCAGUCUAUUAAACAACUCCUUCAAGGUUGCUCCCAACGCUCUCUCAGAUCAUGCGAUACUUUCAUUUAACAUCCCUACUGGUAAUUCCUCUAAGCUUCCACCCACACCUUGGGGACUGGACAGAUACACUGCUAUGGAAACUGUAGUUAAUCCUAUUUCGAUUUGUGGUACUGAAUCAAACAACUAUUUUUAUCAUUUGGAAUUGUAUAUUGUCGUUGGUAUGAAUAUAAAUACAGAUUGA